AUGGAUACUUCUUUAAAGAUGGACGAUUUUGGGAGUUUUGCUUCUCAGAACCAACCAUCUGUGCAUUCCCCUGUUGUUGAUGCGUUUGAUUCUUUGUUCUCCUCGUCCUUGGCCUUGGGUGGGGUUGCGACGAAAGAGUCUGAAGGGCUGCACAAUGAUCAGUUUUCUGGAGGCAAUGAUUGGGGUUUUGAAUCAGAAUUUGGUGGAGGGAAUGACAAUGGAGGGACAACUGAGCUUGAAGGGCUUCCUCCCCCGCCUUCUGGGGUUACUGCACCAGCUGCAAAGAACAAGGGAAUGGAUAUUCAUAAGCAGGGGCAAUAUGCUGAUGCCAUAAAGUGGUUGUCAUGGGCUGUAGUUCUCCUUGACAAGGCUGGCGAUGAUGCUGGCACAAUGGAUGUCUUAUCAUGCUGGGCUUCUUGUUACAAAGAAGUUGGGGAGUACAAAAGGCUGUCGCUGACUGUACGAAGGUACUAG